ACUUCCACUGUUACCAGAGAAGAAGGAAAAAGCAUCCUGGGCCGACAGAGAGGAGGCUGCUUGUCUGCCUGCAGCGAUUCAGCUAUUUCUAUAUAUAUAUACAUAUAUAUGUAUGAUCUCAGGUAACGUCCUUGUCUGCUAUGAUGAAGCUGCUUUUUGGUUUAUGGUCUGUGCUCCUGGAUCUAACCAUGUUCCACAGCCAAGCACUCAUGCAAAACCGCAUUAUAGGUGGCAAUGCAGCGGCACCAAACUCCAUCAGAUACAUGGUAUCGCUGCAGAGCACAAGCGGCCAACACUUCUGUGGGGGAUCACUAGUUCACAGGACAGAUCAGAUGAUGAUAGUGGCAGGGGACUACAAAUUAAAUGUCUUCGAGGGUACUGAGCAGUAUGCUAAACCACACAAGCUGAUCCCUCAUCCCCUGUACAACAGCAGCACCAACAACGCAGACAUCAUGCUCAUUAAGUUGCGCGCCCCUAUGGUUCUGAACAAGUUUGUCUCCCUGGCACCUCUCCCCAGACAGGGGACAGGUGUGGUCGAAGGCCACCCGUGUCAGGUGUCAGGAUGGGGCCACAAUGGUGUGGGUGGAGUCCAGGCCCCUGUUACGCUCCAGUCGGUCACAGUCCCCAUUGUGUCAGCCGCAAGAUGCAACAGCAGUGACUCCUUCGAUGGCAACAUCACGGCGAACAUGAUCUGCGCUGGCUCCCACUCUGGAGGAAAAGAUGCAUGCAAGGGCGACUCUGGCGGCCCGCUAGUGUGCAGGGGCCGGGUGUACGGCAUGGUGUCAUGGGGAUAUGGCUGCGGCGACGCCAGGUUCCCCGGUGUGUACACUGCUGUGUCCAGAUUCCGCCGCUGGUUAGACCAAACCAUCUAUGGACCACACCUGCGCUGUUUCGGAUACAGAUGAAGCUCUGAGACUUUCCUGUUACACUAAAAACAGCACAUGGUUUCCUCUGAUAUGUUAGUUUUAAUGGAAAGCUCUGUUCACCUGCCUCCUACUCUUGUAAUUCAUCUAAAGAUUUUUUGGACAAUAAAUAACACAAUUUAGAAAAUAGUAUAUAUGUAUUGUUCUUUAAAAAACAACAACAAAAAAGAAUA